AUGAUGAUGACAGUGAAACAAGAAUCACCAAAUUCAACUUUGAAUACAUCUGAGUUCUCGUCUGAUGAAAAUCUCAAGACAAAUAACUCUGAGCCUCCUAAGAAAGUGUCUAAAUCUUCUACUGGGAAAAGAAAAUACCAUCAAAAAUCAAGAAACGGAUGCUCGACAUGCAAAAAGAGACGCGUCAAAUGUGAUGAACAGAGACCUGUAUGUGGCAACUGUACCAAAUUGAAAUUGGAUUGUGGUUAUCUUCACGAACCUUUGGAGAAUAUUUUAAAUACGAAAAAGGAUAUUGCCAAUAAUGAACCCCCAUCAAAGAAGAGAAAAAGAAAAGUUUCCACUGUAUCAGCUGCAUCCGACUCGGAAUCAACUACUCAACAAGCAACUCCAUCCUUGACCCCUAGUCCUAAUCAUUCUCAAGACAUCAAAACUCAGCCGGUGAUUCCUCCAACUAAUCCACUUAGUGCUUUGUCUUCAGGACUUUUGAGUGCAGGUAAUUUGAAUAACUUGAAUGUGGCCCAUUUAGUUAAUAAUCUUUCUGGGUUAGGUGACUUAUCUAAUUUAGCAAGUCUUGGAAACUUGGCCAGUCUAUCCAAUUUAGCUUCAUUAGCACAGUUGCCCAUCGACUUGAGUAAUUUGGGGUCACUUUUGGACUCGCCAGCAGCAAGUAAUAUAGCUGCUAGUUUUUUAGGUCUGGCUGCUGCCACCACUGUUCCUCCUACAACAAAUUCCGAAUUCAAAGAAUCUAAUCAAAGAAAGUCACAGACACAGAUGCCUCCGCAGCCUACAGUGCCGAUAACUUCCAUGGGGGCUGCAACAACCACUAGUUCUCAUCAACAAGCAAAUAUGCCAUCUAGGAGUAAACCACAACCAGAAACUCUUCAGUCCUCAAUCCCUGCCACAACUCUGGGAUCACCCGGCAUGAGCUACCCUGGCUGCCCUAGUAAUUCUGAUCCAUUUGGUCGCAGUAGUGAUAAAUCGUUACCUAACAUAUCACCUAAUAUGUCCAUUCCUGCAAAUCCACUAAGUGACCCUUUAACUCAAGGGAUGCGGUCAAACCUCAAUAUGCUUGACUUGAAGUUGAUGUUUCAUUACACAUCUGUGGUGGCCAAUACUAUUACAGGAGCUGGUAUAUCUGAUACCAAUAUAUGGAACUGCGAUAUUCCCAAGUUGGCUUUUGAGCAUCCAUUUUUGAUGCAUUCGAUACUUGCCUUUAGUGCCACACAUUUGUCACGAACAGAGAAAGGUCUAGACCAAUGUGUUACAUGUCAUCGUGGGGAUGCUUUGAGAUUGCUACGAGAAGCCGUGUUGAAUAUAAAUGCAGACAAUACUGAUGCUUUGGUUGCCAGUGCCUUGAUAUUAAUUAUGGAUUCGUUAGCCAAUGCCUCGUUCCCUUCGUCAACGUCUCCCAAGUCUUUGCCAGCUUCUGCAUGGAUAUUCCAUGUCAAGGGAGCCGCUACCAUAUUGACAGCAGUUUGGCCAUUAACAGAAGCAUCGAGAUUCUACAAGUUUAUAUCUGUCGACUUGGGAGAUUUAGGCGACAUUAUCAACCAAGGUGUGAACAUGAAUAAGUCGAAAGGAAUUGACCGUGAGAAUUCGGCUUAUUAUACGGAUUUAGAAUGUCACGAUGCAGAUAUUGCAGAUUUGUUUCCAGUGCUUUUGGACUCUCCAUAUUUGAUAACUUUGGCGUAUUUGAAUAAAUUGCACAAGGAGAGAUACAAGUCUGACUUUAUUUUACGUAUAUUUGCAUUUCCAGCACUUUUGGACAAGCAAUUUAUGGGGUUGUUAAUGUCUGGAGAUGUCAAGGCCAUGCGGAUAAUGAGAAGUUAUUAUAAGUUGCUCCGCUCGUUUACAACCGAAAUGAAAGACAAAGUAUGGUUUUUAGAAGGUGUUUCGCAAGUUUUGCCUGUUAAUGUGGAAGAGUACGCAGGUGGAGCCGGUGGUAUGCAUAUGAUGAUGGAUUUCCUUGGUGGGGGUCCAGCCAUUGUAGAUGAUAAUGAAAUUGAUGCCGAAAUAACCAAAUUCGAUCCCAGUGGGACUUUAACUAAUAAAUUAAUAGAUACUGAUAAUCUUCCAAGCGUCCUUACCAGUAAUUUAGACUUAAUGCAAGGUGAUAAUGGGUUUAUGAAUAUGAAAUAG